AGUUAGAAGCGCCGCGGCGCGGGCGCCCGUAAGAGAAGACAAUAAACUUGUCAAACAAUUCAUUUUUUAAUUUUUAGGCGCGAAUCAUUUCGAAUAACUAUUUUUAGGUUAGGUUCCAUGUUUAUUGGUUUAUAAAGAUAGGCUCUGAUAAACCUAGUAAUUACUUGAUAACAAUUCAUGUUAAGAUUAUGAACUAAAUUUAUACGUACCUCUGCCAAAGCUGUGUUUUUACCAAUAUGAAGAGUAAAAAAGAAUGGAAUGUCAAGUCUCCGUGGGGAAAUAUCGCUUUGGUAUCAUGGGGUGAUGCAAAGAAUCCACCUGUACUAUUAGUACACGGGUUCAUGGAUAGUGCGGCUACUUUUGCUCUUCUAGUGGAGCAACUACCUGAUACAUAUUACUAUGUAGCUUUUGACAUUCCUGGUCACGGUAAAUCGGAUCCCUUUCCACCCGGUUUAAUAGUGUCUCAGAUAACUGUUGUAGAAGUGAUCCGUCUGAUUGUAGAAUACAUGAAAUGGGACAAAUUUAUAUCCAUCGAACACUCAAUGGGAUUUACCAUAAGUGUAUUCUACAACCACUUGUUUCCUGGAAAGAUAACUAGAAUGGUACACUUAGACCCAGGCCCGCCUAUAUCUAUGUUUUACUACUCUCACCAUAAAGUUAGCUAUUGGUACCAGUUUUUCUAUGACUCCUAUUACAGUGGAUUUAAAAGAUGGAAUGCAGGAAGUUCAAAGCGUUUAACUCUAGACGUGGCCGUGAACUUACUAGUAAGGAGUAGAAGUUUAUCUGAGGAUCAAGCUGAAGUGGUACUGUCCAGGUCAUUGGUGCCUGUCGGUGAUGGGAAGUUUAAAUUAUCUUGGGACACACGGAUGAAGAAACUAGCUACAAUACCAGUCUCAGAAGAAAUACUAUACACAAUUAUAACGCAACAUGCACCUCCUUCGCUUAUUAUCGAAGCUGCAGAGAAUAAUUCGUCACCUCAGGGUAAAAAGUUUUCGAAAAACGUUUUGGAGAAAUGUAAUUUGAUGGUCCCAGACUUUUAUACGGUGACUGUGGCAGGAGGGCAUGAUGUUCAUAUUACAAAUCCUGAAAUUUUAACACCUUAUAUUGAGAAGUUUUUAAAAUCCGACAUAAAAGUUGUACAAGCAUGGAAAUCGAAAUUGUGAAAUAAACAUUGUCAUGAA